UUCCACAGUUAAUUCCACACUGUACCUCGUACUCUCCAUCUGCCCCUCUUUUCCUUCCCCUCCCCGCUUUCUUGCCUUGUUCUUGCUCUUCUUCUUUGUCCUUCCUUUCGUCCGCCUUAUCACUUGCCCUUCCGCCUUCCAUGUUCGGCACCUCAGCAGGCAAGGCCGUUUGGGGAGGCCGUGCACUCAAUCUUGCACUGAACCAUGCAGCCAUGAGAAAGGUUAUCUGAAACUGCCGGCAAAACUUUUAUAACUUACAUUUUACCGAUCACCGGUCAUGUGAUCACGUCACGUGACAAUGACGUCACAUUCCCACACAUAUAUAAAGAAGCAGCCUGUCACUUGAAGCUUCACAAUCUCCAUCAACGGUUCAGUGCAACUUCAACAGACAGAGACGGUGACAUCAUCAUCAUGCUGGUUUUCCUCUUCCUGUUGGGCCUGGCUCUGGGUGCUGUGUCUUCUUCAGAUGACCCUGAAAUGGUGCUUGAGCGUAGCAGCUGUCCCUCAUUCUGGUUCUCCUUCAACGGCCGCUGCUACAAGUACAUCGCCACAAAGAUGACCUGGGCUGAUGCAGAGCUCCACUGUCUGUCCCAGGGAGGCAACCUAGUGUCUAUCCACGGUAAACGAGAAGAGUCUUUUGUCAAACUCCUGAUCAAAAACUUUGACCUUGCUCAGGGACCAACAUGGAUCGGACUCAGUGACAUCCACAAAGAAGGAAGUUGGAUGUGGUCUGAUGGGUGUGUAGCCAAGUUUUUAUUUUGGAAUAAAGGAGAACCAAACAACCGAAGAGGUGAAGACUGUGUACACAACAACUGGUCAGGGAUGUGGAAUGAUAAGACUUGUUCAACAACUUUUCCCUCAGUUUGUGCAUCUCACACAACUUGUCCUUAGCAACUGAGAUGUUACGUGUUCACCUGUUUUGUUAACAUGCCUUUGACAACAAUAAAGACACAGAUGUACACUUGUAUAUGUGUGUGAACUGAA